AUGACUGAAAUCGCGAAAUUCGAGCAAUUUGGAAUCAAUACGUUUUAUAAUGGGAUUCCGAUACUGGAUAAUGCCAGUGACUGGUUUAGGUGGAAUCAGAAGAUCAAUGAGUUCAUUCGGAUAUCUGCCGUUGCCGACGAUGGAGCGACUUCACAGAUAGAAGAAGAAGAAACACGGCAAUGGACUCACCGCCAAAAGUUCUACUCUGCGAUGAUCACGGCAAAGCUGACACACAAUGCGGCGCAAAGGAUCAAUGCGUUGAGAUUCCUCGAGUUCAGGUGCUCCUCAAGGCAGUUAAAGACAACUUCAAACCAGAAGGCUCUGGCAAUAUAUCUUUAA